AUGGAGAAUAUAUCAAAGUCAACAGUGUUCCCCAAUACAGUUAUAUUGCAGAGUGAGGGAUUGCUAAAGUAUAUAUUGGAGACUGGCGUUUAUCCACGAGAAGCAGAGACCCUCAAAGAGCUAAGAAAUGCAACUGCAAAGCACCCUCUGGGCUUCAUGGGAGCUGCACCUGAUGCGGGUCAGCUAAUGGCCUUGCUCUUGAAGUUGUUGAAUGCUAAAAAGACAAUCGAAGUGGGAGUUUUUACUGGAUACUCUCUUCUCCUCACAGCACUCACCAUUCCAGAUGAUGGAAAGAUAGUAGCCAUGGAUCCAGACAGAAAAGCUUAUGAGAUAGGACUACCAUUCAUUAAAAAGGCUGGUGUUGAACACAAGAUUGACUUCAUAGAGUCUCCAGCUUUACCAGUUCUUGAUAAACUCUUAGAAGAUGCUGCAAAUGAGGGGAGUUUUGACUUUGCAUUCAUUGAUGCUGACAAAAACAAUUACUGGAAUUACCACGAGAGGCUUAUGAGAUUGGUGAAGAUUGGUGGGAUAGUUGCUUAUGAUAACACACUGUGGGGAGGAACUGUUGCCUUGCCUGAAAAGGCAGUUUCGGAAGCCAAACGAGAGUGGAGAUUAUUAUCACUUGCUUUCAACGAAGCAAUUUCAAACGAUUGUCGUGUUGAAAUUGCUUUUGUUUCAAUUGGUGAUGGAGUCAUUAUCUGCAGGCGUCUUAGCUGA